CAACUCUGCGGAUGAUGGACCCCUAAGUAUCGACAAUUUGUACAAAGGUUGGACGGCAGAGCAGAAACAACAGAAGAAGGAUGCACUCGCGGACGCUGUCACACAGACUGAGGGCACGACUGGAGACGCCGAUUUAGAGGCGAUGUUCAAGGCUCAGGCGCUCAAAUCGAUGAUGGGUCGCGCUCUGGGAGGUGCGAACGAGGAAUGUAUGAUGGCGCCAAUUGCAAGCCCUCUCCACAUCACCAAUCUGACGGACGGGGAAACAAUUCAUCAGCGCUGCCUCUUGGUUACAGGUACCUUUACGCUUCCCGUCGCUGAAGGCAGUUACAUCCAUGUCGCUACUAAAGGUGCCAACAACGCCCAAUCGUUUCCCGAGCAGACGUGGCCGAUAGCAGGUGGUAACUUCAAGGCUCUUGUUAUGCUCUCGCCAGGGCAGAAUAUCCUCGAAUUUGCAUACGUCUGCAAUGACUGCCUCGAACACACCAUCGAGAUGAAUGUCAACUACAUUCCGCUCUUGCAAUGUCCACCUCUUCACCUCGCCAUAAUGGUUGCCGCAGACUCUCCAUGCAUCAUCGACUGCCCACCUUCAAAGGCCGCUGGGAUUUCUUCGGCACACUCAGACCUCGACGCAGCAAUCGCCAAGGUCCGCAUGGCAGCUUAUAUGUGGCAAGCUAUGACUGCGGAAGACCUGAGGCUGCAAGGAGCUGGACGCCGAUCGUUCAGAUUGGAUGAGGAAUGGACAGCUGACACGAUCAGUCGUGACUUUCUCAAUGCGCAAGUUGACGGGGCUCUCGAUGGCGAAGGUGCCAUGCGAUCGACGGCCAAAGUCAACAUCAUUCGCUCUUCUAGAACCGUCAAAGAAAUCCGCGAUAAGGAGGUUGCACAACAGAAUCCUUCCGCCCGUCGGAGUAAUGGCUUGUUCGACUACUUUCUGGAAGCGCUCAAGGAAAAGGGAGGACCGUUUGCUUCUGAGGCCCAUCCCAUCGUUGCUGGAUUGAUUCUCGACUCACACUACAAUGUGUCGCAGAAGCUGAUCCUCGGACACGCAGCUUUGGGUUGCCACAACCCCGAUGGAAUCUCGCUGGGCAUGUUCGGUAGCCAUCUGGCCUACUCCUGGCCGCGCUUCCUAGAGGAAGUCACAGGUUGUCUUACAGAUAUCCGUAAACCUGGAGACAAGGUAGGUGAUGACAAUGGAGAAUGCAACACCAUGUGGGAAGCGUGCGCCAUUGGCCAAGGCGCUUUCCUCCAUGAAGUCGGCCAUGCACUUGGAUCGCCUCAUCGUUCAGGCAUCAUGGAGCGCGGAUAUGCACAAGACUGGCCCAAGAACUUUCUCCCCAAGACCGCGUACUCUGGUCGCCUCAAAGCAGAAGGCGUACUUGUCGACCCUCAUAGCACACCUAACAAAGCUCGUUGGAAUCUAGCCGAUGCGCUCUCCUUCCGCAUGCUGCCUCAUUUCCGCCUUCCCAUUGAUCCCGUAAUCAGCGACGAAGAACGCCAAGCAUCCCCCGAGGCCUACGCUGAGCAAAUCGAUGAUGAAGGUCCAUCAAAACUCGUCAUCGGCUCAAGCAGCGGUAUCGUACGCAUCACCUUCAACCACACAGAGACAACCCAACCCCUUGGCUGGAUUCACAGCGCACCGAAGCGCAUGGAGUACAUGGAAUCCGCUCUUGAAGAGCGCUUUGACCGAUCUAAACCCCUACAACUCAAUAUACUCGCCUUCAACGGCAAGGAAACCAGCAUCGGCAACGUAUGGAAGGUCCUCGCCAGCAAAACGUUCAUCCGCAUCCCAGGCUCCAAUAUUCGACUCGCACAGCUCCUUCACGAGAAGGGCAAGGACGGAAAAGUGCACCGCGCCGUGUCCAUCGAUCUGAGAGUAGGAUGUCUAUGGGAUGGAGGUGUGGUGAAGUAUGCAGAUGGCCACACAAGCCAUUGGGGACCUAUGCGUACAUAUGGCAGCAAACACCAUUUCGGUGGUCACGCUUCCGAGAAGCUACGCCUCCCCGAAGGAGUGGAGAUUACUUCUAUCGAAGUCAACCCUAGGGAUGGUGUAAGGAUGCAUCUCAGCAACGGCACAAGCGCGGGCGAGCUCAACACGAGGCAUCACUCGGAGAUUGUGAAGUUGACGCCCAGCCCUAAUGAGUUUAUUGUGGGAUUCUUUGGCAAGAGUGAGAGGGGUGGAGGCUUCUGUGGCGUUGAGGAGUUUGGAAUUAUUACUGUGCAGAGGGAUGUGGGGAUCGCAGGAUUGCCAGAAAGUGUGUGGGAUAUGGAUGAGUUGAAGAAUACUAGUGGAAUGGAAGGGGAUGAGGACGAGAAUCAUUACGACCAUGAUGAAGAUGACGAAGACGAAGAGAUGGACUACGAAGAUGACGAAUAA